AUGUUGAUUCCGUUUGAAUGGCUUCAUUCCGAACUCAGCAACAUUUGUAGGUCGCUCUUGAGGGUGAAGCAGUUACACGCAUUCCUUUUGAAGACCCAUCUCUCAGAAGACCCUUUUUACGCUACAAAAAUUGUCAGGCUGUAUGCAAUCAACAGCGACAUCAACUCUGCCCAUAAUGUAUUCGACAAAACUUCCAACCGAAGUGUCUACCUUUGGAAUUCCAUGAUUCGAGCUUUCGCACAGUCCCAAAGAUUUUUCAAUGCAAUCUCUAUGUUUAGAACCAUGCUUGGGGCUGACAUUAGCCCUGAUGGUCACACUUAUGCUUGUGUUAUACGUGCUUGUGCUGACAACUUUGAUUUUAGUAUGCUAAGGCGUGUUCAUGGAGGUGUUGUGGCUGCAGGGUUAGGACUGGACCCUGUUUGUUGCAGUGCACUUGUGACUGCUUAUUCAAAACUUGACCUUGUUCAUGAAGCGCGUAGAGUGUUCAAUGGGGUCACUGAACCAGAUUUAGUUUUAUGGAAUUCGUUGAUUUUUGGUUAUGGGGGCUCUGGUUUGUGGGAUUUGGGGAUACAGAUGUUUAGUGCGAUGAGACUUGUUGGGAAGAAGCCCGAUGAAUAUACCUUGGCUGGGUUGCUGAUGGGUAUUGCGGAUUCUGGGGUGCUGAGCAUUGGCCAAGGAUUACAUUGUUUAAGUCAAAAGAGUGGGCUUGAUUCUGAUUCUCAUGUUGGUAGUUUGCUGGUGAGUAUGUACUCGAGAUUUAAGUGCGUGGCUUCGGCAUAUAGAGUUUUCUGCAGUAUUUUGAAUCCUGAUUUGGUCACAUGGUCUGCUCUUAUAGUGGGGUAUUCUCAGUCUGGGGAGUAUGAGAUGUCGUUGCGCCUUUUUUGGAAAUUAAACAGGGAAGACAGGAAGCCAGAUUCUGUUUUGGUCGCCAGUGUAUUAGCUUCUAUUGCUCAGAUGGCAAAUGUAGGACUUGGAUGCGAGGUACAUGGUUUUGCUCUUCGGCAUGGAUUGGAACUAGAUGUCAGGGUAUCAUCUGCUCUUAUAGAUAUGUACUCAAAGUGUGGCUUCUUGCAGUUGGGAAUUUGUGUUUUCAGGAUAAUGCAAGAACGGAAUAUUGUUUCUUAUAAUUCUGUAAUUUUGGGUUUUGGCUUGCAUGGAUAUGCUUCCGAGGCUUUUAGGAUGUUUAAUAAGAUGCUGGAGAAAGGAUUGGUACCUGAUGAAGCCACAUUCUCUUCUCUCUUAUCUGCCUGUUGUCAUGCUGGCCUUGUCAAAGAUGGCAAGGAGAUUUUCCGGAGAAUGAAAGAGGAAUUUAACAUCAGAGCUAGGCCUGAACACUAUGUUUCCAUGGUGAAGCUCCUUGGAAGUUCUGGGGAGUUGGAAGAGGCUUACAGUCUGAUCCGGUCCUUACCAGAACCUGUAGAUAAGGCUAUUCUUGGAGCCUUAUUAUCCUGCUGUAAUUCUUGUGGAAAUUCUGAGCUGGCAGAAGCUGUUGCACAACAGCUCUUUGCAAGUAAUCCUGCUGAUAAUGUUUACAGGGUUAUGCUUUCAAAUAUAUAUGCCGGUGAUGGGAGGUGGAAUGAUGUUAAGAAUUUGAGGGAUAAAAUGACAGGAGGCCUGAGAAAAAUGCCCGGACUAAGCUGGAUUGAAAGCAGUUAG